AUGUCUGCCAACCGAAGUUGGAUGAAGGCGCACCGGCGCUCUGCAGAGUUUCGAAGUGGCGUUGACGAGUUCGUUGCGGUAGCAACGAACCACGUGAACGCUGACGGAUUAGCUCGAUGCCCAUGCAUGCGGUGUUUGAAUGUGAAUUUUCACACACCUGCAACUAUAAGGGUUCAUUUAUUUCUCAGUGGGAUCCAACCUUCGUACAACCCCUGGUAUUUCCACGGGGAGACUUUCUCUCAGCCCGCAGUUGAACUUCCUGAAAAUGACGAAGAGGAAAUGGCAGAUGUGUUGGCGGACAUGUUAAGAGGGGACCCUGGGUUUGACGAAUCUGCUAACACUACUGAUUCUUUCAAUGAACCCCCUAUCAACGACAACAACAAGUUCGAUGACUUGUUUAAGGAGAUGGAGGCUGAGUUAUAUCCAGGUUGCAAAAAAUCAGCCCUUAAUGCACUGGUAAAGCUUAUGCACUGCAAGGUUUUGAAUAGGUGGAGCAACCACUCUUUCGAUAUGUUGCUGUCCAUCUUGAUUGAUCUAUUUCCAGAGGGGACAAAAUUACCAAAGUCGCAUUAUGAGUCGAAGAUGCGAUUGCGCAAUCUAGGUUUGGGUUACGACUCAAUAGAUGUGUGCAAGUAUAAUUGUGCUAUUUUCUGGAAGGAGAAUGAGAAGAAGGAGUUUUGCCCUGUAUGUGGCGAAUCACGAUGGGUGAAAAGAAAGGGUAAGGGGAAAAAAGUUCCUCACAAAGUUAUGCGUUACUUCCCACUCACACCUAGGCUGAAACGAUUAUAUUGCUCAAGACACACUGCGGAGGAUAUGCGGUGGCAUUACUCGCAGAGACCAAAAGAAGACGGUGUGCUUAGGCAUCCUGCGGAUGCGUUGGAAGAAUGGAAGCGGUUGACCGCCUUCAUCCGUCUUUUGCUGUUGAACCUAGAAAUGUCAGACUGGGAUUGGCGACUGACGGUUUUAAUCCAUUUGGCAACAUGA